UAAUUUAACACCUACUCACUACACUGCCUUGCCGUCCUUCCUCGUGCAAAUACAGAAUAUUUCCAUGCUCGUGUUCAGUGUUUCUGGGCAGCCUUCUUUCUUUGGCAAACUAUCCCCUCCGCUGGAAAAGGAAAGAAUGGGGCGAGGAAGGAUCGAAGUGAAGAAAAUUGAGGACAAGAAGAGUAGAGUCGUGACUUUUUGUAAAAGGCGAGCUGGGCUGAUGAAGAAAGCGCAGGAACUGUCUGUGUUGUGUGACGCCCAAGUGGGUCUCGUUAUCUUUUCUCAAACCGGAAAGCUCUCUCGUUUCUCCAGCCCCAGGGACCUUGAUGAAAUUAUUCGAAUGUAUUAUGAAUCUAUUGAAGGUUGUAAUAAAUCACCACAUGAGUCACAACACAAAUCAGAAGAGGUCGUAGGAUUGAUGCAAAAAAUACAGUCCAAGGAGAAAAUAGUUAGGGCUUUAAUGGGGCAGGAACUGUCUUCUUUGUCUUUCACUGACUUGGAACAAUUGGAGUACCAGGUUCAACUAGGAGUGAAUAGAAUAAGAGUGAGAAAGAUGCUGUGGCAGAACCAACUUGUGGAGGAGCUCCAAAGGAAGGAGGAUGAGUUACAAAGAGAUAAUGAUGCACUGCACAAAAUGAUGCAGCUCUCUGAAGAAGGAAAAUAUGUAGAGAGAAUUGUCAACAAUAAUGGUGGGAUUCCAUCAACUGUAAUAGCUACCAGCCCUUGGCAGCAAAACUUUCUGCAACCAUGGCAGGGAAAUAAAUCACUGGCACGUCUACCUGAGCAGGAGCAUCGGCACUCCAUAAUAAAAGGGUGGCAGUGAUCAAAGUAUUUCUAUACCAUAACAAUCGAUGCCAAAUUGCAGUAGUUUUAGAUGGUUUUGAUGUUAUGGUGGGAGCCAAAAUGGUCAUGGAUACGUUGUUAAAUAAAUUCCAAAUAAUUUGAUGGGUAUGUAAGAACUGUUAGUGCCUGUCCUAUUAUUUGAACUAAAAUGUUUAAGACGUUUUUUUCAUUAAAUUAAAUUUUGUUUUUUAUUUUUUCAAAAUAAAUUAAAGAUAGAUUUUAAGAGA